GCGGCCACACAAACGCCAGCCCGCAACCAGCCCGCAAACCCGUCGAUCCCACCGUCACGCGCCGAGAUAUCUCCAGACCCAACUCCAACCCCAAGCCUCACUUCCUCACGUCCGUCCUCCUCAGGACCUCGCACGGCAACAUCGCGAACCCCCCGCGAACCCCACGAACCCCGCGAAUAGCCACACCUUGAAGCAAGCUGUUGCACCGCGAGCUAUCUAUAACUAAUUAUUAUAAUUAUAUGACUGAUGCUCUUCCCAUGCCCCAUUUGAAAACUGAUGCCUCCCCCCCGCGACCUAAGUUCUCACUUGCCUCACUUUUAAUUGCCCCCGUUUGGUCAAUAUCUUUGCGACCAUGAGCGUUAUCUUGGAGACUUCUUUGGGUGAUAUUGUUAUAGAUCUUUUGGUCGACACCUCCCCCAAAGCUUGCGAAAAACAUCCAAACCGUUGCGGCCCAGUUUUUUGAAGCUAUGCAAGGUGAAGUAUUACAAUUUCUCGCCCGUUUACAACGUCCAGAAGAAUUUCUCCUUCCAGACCGGCGACCCAAUAGGCCCUAAUUCUAAAGAUAGCGAUGGCGGGUCUUCCAUCUGGGGCAUCCUCGACGGGCCUUCGCGAAGAACAUUUCCGAUCGAGUUGCCGCCCAAAAUGAAGCAUACAGAACGUGGCACAGUUAGCAUGGCUACGGUCCCUUCUACGAAAGACCCUGACGAGCGCCUUGCUGGCAGUCAGUUCAUCAUAACACUUGGAGAUAAUUUGGACUAUCUGGAUGGGAAAGCGGUUAUAUUCGGGAAGGUAGUGGAGGGAUUCGAUGUCUUGGAGAAAAUAAACGAUGCGUUCAUUGACGAUAAGGGACGACCGCUUAAAGAUAUCCGAAUUCGGCAUACUGUGAUCUUAGACGAUCCGUUUGAUGAUCCCCCGGACCUUGUGGUACCCCCUGAAAGCCCGCUCCCUUCAAAAGCCCAACUGGCAACAGUAAUGAUUGCGGACGAUGAAGAGUUGGACGAAAACAUCGACGAAGAGGCGGUGGAAAAGCUACGGCGGGAGCGGGAGGCUCGGGCGCAGGCGUUGACCUUGGAAAUGGUUGGGGAUUUGCCGUUUGCUGAGGUCAAGCCACCAGAGAACGUUCUUUUCGUCUGCAAACUCAAUCCUGUAACUCAAGACGAGGAUCUUCACCUCAUUUUUAGUCGCUUCGGACCAAUUCUUUCCUGUGAAGUGAUACGUGACAAGCGGACCGGUGAUAGUCUGCAAUACGCGUUUAUCGAAUUUGAGAACCAAAAGGACUGUGAACAGGCUUAUUUUAAAAUGCAAGGUGUUUUAAUUGAUGAUCAUAGAAUCCAUGUUGACUUCUCUCAAAGCGUUUCGAAACUGUCGGACAGCUGGCGGAAUGCAACAAAUUCCAAACGAGCUAGCCAACGGGGUGGGUUUGGGGGGAUAUCCAGCCUAGAGAAGAGGCGGCAAUACAGAGCUUCGGAGGCUCCUCGACGAGAUGGAUACGGGAUGAUAUUUCAUAAAGAUGAUAUGCGUAGGAAAGGAGAUACUGAAUCCUACAGGCGUUCACGGAGUCGAAGCCCAUCCAGGCGACAUAGGCAUAGGAGCAGGUCUCCUCCGCGCCGCCGCUCUGGCGAUGACAACGACGCGCUAUACAGACGGAGUAAAGACUCAUCGAGACACACGUAUGAAAGUGGGAGGCAUAGGCGGUGACAAAAAUAUGUACCCUUUAGAUUUAAUCCCCUAUGUACGGAGUAUAAUAAUAAUAUCUUCCCCUUAAAUCGCAA